AUAAAAUCCUCGAGCAAGAUAUGACCUUGCUCUAAUCUGUACGUGACCAUGGACAUAUCAACUAUAUUAACCCUGCUUACGUUUGCAACCGCCCUCCUGUUCUGUCCAACCCGGACCGAUGCGGCCAUCGCGGUCCAGCUGGAACGGCUCGAGCAGAUUGGCGGUGCCCAUCUAGCAGAAACAUCCGCGAUCCGUGUUCGGAAGUUUAACCGCACCACGUUUACAUUGAAUGGGACAUUCGUCGUGUACCAAGAUCUUGACGAAACCUACGAGGCAAGUCUUAAGGUAGCGUACAGUCGACUCGGAAAUAACCAGUGGAACGAGUAUCCAAUGAAGAUAGGCCAGAAGUCGGUGUGUCGAGCUAUGGUCGAGGAGUACCAGCAGUACCAGCACGUCUUCGUCAACAGCACGAACCUGCCGUGGGUUGCGGAAGGGACUCGCAGUUUCUGCCCGUUUCCGAAGGGAGCGUACUGGAUUCACGACUUGGCUCCGGAUGCAAGCUGGGUGCCUCCGGUUGUUCCGGCGGGCUAUUGGCGCAUGACGCUGGAUUCAUGGCGUAACGGUGAACUGCAGGGGGUGUUCCGGGUGUACCUUCGGCUUACUAAAUAAAUUCACUUACUUUUUUUUCAUAGCUUAUUUUUAUUAGGUCCUUUUAGGUGCCGCGACCAGGUUAGGACCGAGGAUCAAAAGUACAAAAAAUAAUAAAUAAUAAAAUAAUAAACCAUAACUGAAUUGGGUACUAAAGCCCUAUGUAAUUUUUUUGUACAACGGUAAAAACACGAUUAAAAACCAUUUCUGAUCACUUUUUUUUUUCAUUUUAAUGCGAAAAAAAAAAUUACAAGACAACAUUUUUUCGAUGGAUCAACUAUGGUCCCCUUGGAACGAGCUGUCAAGUAGGAGCUUUUCUGUCAAGAAUGACCGCGAGGAUAAUUUUUCAAAAUUGAUUUAAAAAUCCAUUUUAAACUCAUUGUGGUCGUACAAAGGGUCAUUGUACUCAGAAAAAUAAGCUUUAUCGCUGUAAACAAUAAUAUCAGCAAUCUAAGCUUCAUUUUAGGACCCAAUUAGAUGAUCAUUUU